UUUACGUCACAACAGUUUCCCGUUAAAACAACCCUGUUUCAUUUAGGUAGAUUCUUUUUAUCCCUUAUAGUUAUCACGUGACAUUUGUAACGCCAGGUGCGAAUGAAUCAGCGUGUUACGACAGAUAUAUAGAGUGGGUUUCACAACAUACAUUCAGUUCGCCAUUAACAUAUGAACAGACAAGGACCAAUGCCUAAUGGUGCUCCAAACCCUAACAACAGUCAGAACAUGAUGCAACCACAAAGAGUGAUAGUCAUCGAACAGCCCCACCCUAACGCGAUGGUGGUACAUGGGCCCGUCCCCGACCACACGGCACUUGCAAUAUGUGCCACUCUCUGUUGCUGCUGUCCUUUAGGAAUCAUCGCCCUUAUACGAGCACAAGAUGCGAAGCGUGCGUCAGAUAUGGGUGACGUAUGGAACGGACACAGGCUUGCCCGUUCCUCCCAACAACUUUCUAUCAUCGGCAUCAUUUGCGGAUGUGUCUGUAUUCUACCAAGCCUUAUUACGUUCAUCCUUGUUAUCCUCCUACUAAACGGGGUGUGUUCCGAAUUCGGCUGUUGACGAACUAUAUGCGGCGUGCAUUACAUACGUUACUACUAUAUAUACAUGGCGUACAUUACGGACAUUACUGUUGAUAAACUAUACACGGCGCGUAUUAUGGAUACUACUGUUGAUAAACUAUACACGGCGCGUAUUAUGGAUAUUACUGUUGAUAAACUAUACACGGCGUGUAUUACGGACAUUACUGUUGAUAAACUAUACAUGGCGUGUAUUAUGGAUAUUACUGUUGAUAAACUAUACACGUCGUGUAUUAUGGAUAUUACUGUUGAUAAACUAAUUAUACACGGCGUGCAUUACGGAUAUUACUGUUAAUAAACUAACAAUACACGGCGUGUAUUACGGAUAUUACUGUUGAUAAACUAUACACGGCAUGCAUUACGGAUAUUACUGUUGAUAAACUAACUAUACACGGCUUGUAUUACGGAUAUUUCUAUUGAUAAACUAACUAUACACAGCGUGUAUUACGGAUAUUACUGUUGAUAAACUAUACACGGCGUGUAUUACGGACAUUACUGUUGAUAAACUAUACACGGCGUGUAUUACAGAUAUUACUGUUGAUAAACUAUACACAGCGUGUAUUACGGAUAUUACUGUUGAUAAACUAUACACGGCGUGUAUUAUGGAUAUUACUGUUGAUAAACUAUACACGGCGUGUAUUACAGAUAUUAGUUGAUAAACUAUACACGGCGUGCAUUACGGAUAUUACUGUUGAUAAACUAUACACGGCGUGCAUUACGGAUAUUACUGUUGAUAAACUAACUAUACACGGCGUGCAUUACGGAUAUUACUGUUGAUUAACUAUACGCGGCGUGUAUUAUGGAUAUUACUGUUGAUAAACUAACUAUACUGUUGAUAAACUAACUAUACGCGGCGUGUAUUAUGGAUAUUACUGUUGAUAAACUAUACACGGCGUGCAUUAUGGAUAUUACUGUUGAUAAACUAACUAUACACGGCAUGCAUUACGGAUAUUACUGUUGAUAAACUAUACAUGGCGUGUAUUAUGGAUAUUACUGUGGAUAAACUUUACGCAAUGUGUAUUACGGAUAUUACUAUUGAUAAACUAUACACAGCAUGUAUUACGGAUAUUACUGUUGAUAAAGUAUACACGGCGUG